AUGGAAAAUAAAGAGCCAACAUCAUUUCUUUGACUGCUUGAAGAUUAUAUAGAACUUUUUAAAGAUGAAGAAGAAUUAAGGCCAUUUUUAGAGCCUACAGCCUUCCCUAGGUACUCUGAAUUUUUAAAUAUUCAGAGUUCGAAGAUAUCUUCAGAUAAAAUUAUAAAAUUUUAUGAAUUAGAAAAAAUCUGAACCAUCAUAUCAAUUGUGCAUUAUAUUGAAGAUUUUACAUUAAAUAAUGCAAAUAUAGUUCUUACUACUCUUGAAGAUAAACUAUUUAUGUCCAGCAAUUCAUCAAAACAUUAUGAAUUUCAAACUGAGCGAAAGCAAGAGACUUAUUCUAUAAUUGCAGAAAUGGAUAUAAAUAUUACAAUGAAAUUCGAAGAAGCUGCAUCAAAAGAUUCAGAAGAAGAGCUAAUUGAAUGGCUUUUAUUUGCAGAGAAAAUUCGAAGAAAAUGGGUAAAAUUUGACAUGAAAUCUACAGUGAAGAUAGGACUUAUUUAUUAUAUGCAAAAAUUUGGUCAAGAAAGAAUUAAAGACCGAAAGCUAUUGAUUUUGGCUUUGAAAUUUUUAGGAAGCGAUGAAAACUUUAAAUUUUUUUUAGAGCAAGAAGCUAUUAAGUACUUAGAGAGCCACAUAGACGAUAGAGCUACAUCAAAAGAAAUAUUAAAAUUGCUCUCUAAUAAAUCGCACAAAUUAAGCGACGAAGACUCGAAAAAAAUAAAAAUAUUUGAAAAUCAAUUAGAAGUAUGAACAAUUAAAACACAGAAAGAAAUUAGAAGAAAUUUCAGGAAUAUAAGAAGAUUCUGCAAAGGAGAAAAAGCUAAAGGAUUUAAAGUUUUAGCAAAAGAAGAUAUAAUAAGGGAAGAUGUCAAAGAUAUUGUAAACGCUAGUUCGAAUUCAAAGAUUUACAUGGGCACAUUAAAUAAUAAAAAGGUUGCUGUCAAAGAAUAUAAGAUUGAAAAAUCGAAAUGGUCAAUGAUUAAAUUAUUCUGCAAUGAAGCAGCAAAUGCAAUUUUCCUUAUUCCCCCUUCCAUUAGCGAACAAAACUAUUGGAACGAAAAAUUUUUUAAGAAAAAUAUUUUAACAUAUAAGUGAUAAUUAUUAUAAUGAAAUCUCUAGCUAAUUCUGCUUAAUUUUGAACCGCUUGCAUUUUAGCACAUAAAUUUUAUAUAUUAAAUAAAUAAUCACUUUCAAAAUUUUUUCGAAUUGGGAAAUUUUUUAAAUUCGAAAAAAAUUAUAUAAAAUUUAUAUAUAAAUUUUAAAACCCCCUCCUUGAACAAAUAGAUUUUUUUUUUCGCUCACGUGAGAGCUAGCGAAAAAGAUGAAAUAUUUAUGAAAUUUUAUGGAAUAUAUAAAGAAUUUGAACCCCUCCAUUCUGAUUUUACAUUUGCAAUUGUAAUGGAGCAAUGCGAUAUGGAUUUAGAGAGAGCAAUAAAAGAAAAGCUGCUUAGUAGCGAUAAAAAUAUAGAAUAUUGCAUUGAUACGCUUUUAAAAGGGUUCAAGUUAUUGCACGAUUAUGGCAUUGCACAUAGAGACAUAAAGCCUCAAAACAUAUUUGUUAAAAACACAAAGAGGGGCUUAAAACUGAAAAUUGCUGAUUAUAACAUCUCUUCUCUAAUUUCUAAAGGAACUGCGCUGUUUUCAUACCAAACUUUAUUUGAUAACAAAGGCCAAAGGACUUAUAUUCCUCCAGAAUGUGUGCAAAAUGAUGGAGACAAUGGUCCAAAAACUAUUGUAAUGAAUAAACAAAAAGCAGAUGUUUAUUCUUUAGGACUGGUUUUUCUAGAAUUGUGCAAACAAGAAAUUCAUACAUUUUCAAGCUAUAUAGAAAGAGAAGAAUGGAUUUCAAGCUAUAUAAACUGUGAUAUAAAACCCUAUUGAAUAAAAGAUUUGCUGAAUUUGAUGCUUACCAAAAAUCCGAAAGAAAGGAAACGGCUUAGCGAGCUUAUUAAAAUAAGAGCAGGCUAUCAGAAUAAUGGAAUAUAA